AUUCCAUUCACUUUGAUCUUUGCACAUUCUUUCACUCUUCUUUGACAGAAGCAGUUCUAUUCAUUCUUUCAACACCGCCAGCCGGAAUCAACUAUCACAAACACUUUCUUUUACAAACCACUUCUUUUUUACACAACCAAAUCAACAAACAACAUGUCUUCUUUCAUCACCAAGACCGUUCUCGCUGCCCUCGUCGCCGCUGCCGGCGUUCGUGCUCACGGCCACGUCGAGUCCAUCACCGUCGGCGGAACUGAGUACGAGGGUCUCAACCCCGGUGCCGCUGCCUUCGAGAACCCCCGCAAGGAGCUCGCCGCCUGGUUCGCCACCAACACCGACAACGGCUUCGUCGAGCCCUCUGCUUUCGGUGAUGCCGAUAUCAUCUGCCACCGCGGCGCCGAGAACGCCGUCAAGUCCGCCAAGGUCAAGGCCGGUGAGAAGAUCACCAUCAAGUGGGACACCUGGCCCGAGUCUCACAAGGGCCCCGUCAUCGAUUACCUCGCUUCUUGCGGUUCCGCUGGCUGCGCCAAGGUUGACAAGACCAGCCUCAAGUUCUUCAAGAUCGCCGAGGCUGGUAUGACCUCUGGUGGUAAGUUUGCCUCCGAUGAUCUCAUCGCCGCUGGCAACACCUGGGAGGUUACCGUCCCUACCUCCAUCAAGGCCGGUAACUACGUCCUCCGUCACGAGAUUAUCGCUCUCCACGCCGCUGGCCAGGAGAACGGUGCCCAGAACUACCCCCAGUGCUUCAACCUCGAGGUUGAGUCUGACGGUACCGCUGAGCCUGCCGGUGUUGCUGGUACUAGCCUCUACACCGCUAGCGAGAAGGGUAUUGUCUUUGACCUCUACAACAACCCCACCAGCUACCCCAUCCCCGGUCCCAAGAUGAACAUUGCCGGUGGUUCUUCCGGCGCUGCCCCCUCUACUCCCGCUACCCCCACCACUGGCUCCGGCUCCGACACCCCUUCCAACACCGCUGCUCCCGUUGAGUCCGCUCCCGCUGAGUCUGCCGCCCCUGUCGAGUCUGCCCCCGCUGCCGGUAACGGUAACCAGAACAACGGUGGUGCUUCUCCCGUCGAGACUGAGGCUCCCGCUACUCCCCAGCCCACCAAGACUGGCUGCAAGGCCAAGAAGGCCCGCCGCCACGCUCGUGACAUGAUGAACUAAGCUCUCUUUUUUGAGCUCCAGUUCUCUUCAGCAACACGCUGAGCGUGGUUGUGUAAAAACCUUUCAAGGAUCAUUGUGUCCUGUCUACCCACUCUGACAAAUGGGAUGAACCUUCAAUAUUCUGCUGUAUAUUAGUGACCUUGAGUCUGAUUAAUAAAACUACUUUGAGUACCUCACA